AUGGCGUCUAACGAUCAGAAGAAUCUUGAAGUUCAAGCGUCUUUGCAUAAUUGUAAGCUGUUUUACUGAUUUUUUGUUUAUUUUGAUAGUUGUUUUUGCUUAUUUUACGUUAAACUUUUUCGAAAUUCGAAACGACUUUGGCUCAAUAUAAACCAUGUUAUUAGGUCGAUUUUUGGAUAAUUAUAGGUAUUUUUACAAAGAAUAAUUGAUUUUUGAUAACACAAUGAAAACGCGUUAACAUCUAAACAUUCUUCCGUUUCAGUAAAUGCAAAAUUAUGGGAUCUCAAGUUCCCAGAAUCUCGAAACGAAUCUCUGAAGAAGUUGACGUUGGAGUUCGCCGACAAAUGUGGAGCUCUGUUCAUCGAGACUUUGAAGGAGAGUAAUGCUGCUUUGUUGAAAGCUGGCAAAACUUCUCAAAUCCAGAAUUGUGUUCUAUUCCAGGAUGUCACGGAGUUCAAACCGAGUCUGAUGUUGGUGGCUGGACCUUAUCCAACCAAAGACUCGUUUCAAAUGACGGUUGCUUCAGUUGGUCUGAUUUCUAUCCCGUCUUUUGUUGAUGCGGUAUGGUGAAUAUUUUUUUGCUAUUUUGUUUGAAUUUCGUAUUUUUUGGGGCAAAGGCCUGUCUUUUUACUAUUUUUGUUCAUUUAUAUUGUUUUGGAUCAAAUGACUGUGUUUCUGUUAUUUUUCUUCAAAUAUGACAUUAUUUUAGGUAAAAGCUCACCAAGCUGAAUGGAAGAAAGUCCGUCAAGUCAUUAUCAUUCCAGAUCCAGGCUGGCUUCUUCAUUGGGAACUGUCUGAAGUUACUAAUCAGAUGUUAAUCCUAAUCCAAACCUUGAACCAGCUGGCUGAUAAUGCUCAGUUCUACAUCUGUGAGUUACCAGGUAUUGGAUCUACUGAGUACGUGGAGAAGGUCAAGAUGUUCAAUUCGGUUUUGGUGACUUACAAGAGUGUCGCGAGUGUUACCAUUUGUGAUGUCAAGAACUAUUUGCCAAACGAUCAUGAGAACAAUGGCUCGCCGUACUUGAAGAACGAACAUGCUGAGCAUCUGAUUAGACAACUGGUCGAUACUUUCAAUGGGAAUGUAGCUUCGUAG